AUGGGGGUCUGUGGGUACCUGUUCCUGCCCUGGAAGUGCCUCGUGGUCGUGUCUCUCAGGCUGCUGUUCCUUGUACCCACAGGAGUGCCCGUGCGCAGCGGAGAUGCCACCUUCCCCAAAGCUAUGGACAACGUGACGGUCCGGCAGGGGGAGAGCGCCACCCUCAGGUGUACCAUAGAUGACCGAGUCACCCGUGUGGCCUGGCUAAACCGCAGCACCAUCCUCUAUGCUGGGAAUGACAAAUGGUCCAUAGACCCUCGUGUGAUCAUCCUGGUCAACACACCAACCCAGUACAGCAUCAUGAUCCAGAAUGUGGAUGUAUAUGAUGAGGGCCCAUACACCUGCUCUGUGCAGACAGACAACCACCCUAAAACUUCCCGGGUCCACCUCAUAGUGCAAGUUCCUCCCCAGAUCAUGAAUAUCUCCUCAGACAUCACUGUGAAUGAGGGAAGCAGUGUGACCCUGCUGUGUCUUGCUAUUGGCAGACCAGAGCCAACUGUGACAUGGAGACACCUGUCAGUCAAGGGCCAGGGCUUUGUAAGUGAGGAUGAAUACCUGGAAAUCUCUGACAUCAAACGUGACCAGUCUGGGGAAUAUGAAUGCAGCGCCUUGAAUGAUGUGGCUGCACCUGAUGUGCGGAAAGUAAAAAUCACUGUAAACUACCCUCCCUAUAUCUCAAAAGCCAAGAACACUGGUGUGUCUGUUGGUCAGAAGGGUAUCUUGAGCUGUGAAGCUUCUGCGGUGCCUAUGGCUGAAUUCCAGUGGUUCAAGGAAGAUACCAGGCUAGCCACUGGCCUGGGCGGCGUGAGGAUUGAGAACAAAGGCCACAUAUCCACUCUGACUUUCUUCAAUGUUUCGGAAAAGGAUUAUGGGAACUAUACUUGUGUGGCUACAAAUAAGCUUGGGAACAGCAACGCCAGCAUCACACUGUAUGGGCCUGGAGCAGUCAUUGAUGGUGUAAACUCGGCUUCUAGAGCACUGGCUUGUCUCUGGCUAUCAGGGACCCUCUUUGCCCACUUCUUCAUCAAGUUUUGA